UAGUCUACUCUACCUACUUCUGCUCUGCUUAGUUCUCUUCUGAUCUGUUUUAUUAUGCUCUACUCUGCUCGGUACUCCUGCACUAUUCUACCCUACCUUACCUUACCCUACCCUACACCAACCUACACUAUCUUACCCAGAUUAGCAUACAAUGCGACUACGUUAUCAGUUGUUGAAGGGCAGUAAAGUGCAAAAACUUUUUGAACGUUUUUGAAUGGAUUCCGGUCCCGUUGCCGGCCAGAUUCGCAUCCAAUAGAGCCCCAAAACAGUACCUGCCGGCGAUUUGCUUUAAACGUUCGUGAAAUAGCGAUCGUAACAGCUGUUAGACAGGUAUUUUGAGGUAUUGGGUAUUAAAAUAAGCGAACACCAGCAGCGAGCGAAUUUUACGCGAACGCCGGUUGGAGACAGACACAUCAGACUCGACAAGGUCACCGAUCGUGGAGUACGGAUCGCAAUGAAUAACGCCGAAUAAACGAUACGUUUGCGGCUGUACGGCGUUUCGCGAGUACGUGAGCGUGUGUCGUGUGUAAAGUCGAGUACAAGGCGAAGGUUAGACGGUUACAUAACCUUCCUCAAUCGAUCGAUGUUAAAAUGCGAAAGCCGAUUAAAAAAAAAAACAAUUUGUUAAUGCAAAAUUGUACUCCACUAUCCGUUUGCCAACUCUACAGGAUGUUGUUUUACAAUGGAGCUACCGUAGGUACGUAUUUCGUUGUCGUUCGUCGGUGUCGAUGAUUUCAGCCGGCUUGGAAGGUAGAGUACCACCGUACAUGACUUACCCGGAACCCUGGAGGGGACCUCUGAAGCAGCCGCCGGAGUUGUUUCUUAGGCCGGCUCCGAAGCCGCUUCCCUCAACCACAAGGUAUAAUGGAGCGGAAGUAUCGCCGUAUUCGAACGGGUCGCGGUCGAUCCCGCCGCCGUCCCGCCAAUCGACCAAAUACCCCUCAUCGCCGACGAUCUUGAACCCAGUAAACCUAGCGCAAGCAGCCAAAGAAGACGCGCCGGAGGAGAUGUCGCCGUACGGCGGCGCCUACCGACUCUUCCCGCCGACGCAGUACCAUUUCCCCUACACGCUGUGCCAACCGACCAACGUCCCGACGUAUCUCAUGCGCGCCAACUUCCCGCCGACGCCCGUCUCCCCGAUCGAGACGUUCCCGUCGCCGGCGGCGACCUUUCGCGCGCCCGCCGAAGCGCCGGCGCUCAGCCCGCCCGGCCUCAAAACCGGCAAGGUCGCCGUGCACGGCCCGUCGUUCAAGGUGCCCGGCAAAGAGGGCUCGCUCAAGCACCGGAUCCUCACCAGGCCGGACGACGCGAAGGCCAGUCCGUUGGAUCUCCAGAAGCCGCCCGAGGGCAGGAAGCGGCUGCAGGCCAGCAUAUCGCCGCCCAGAUCGCCGAGGAAGCUGCCCGCCAACAACAACAACAACGUAUUACCUCUAAACUUCACCAAAGGUUCGUUGAUACAGCUGCACAACGGCGAGCUGCGGAGGAUAGAAGAGAUGCGCACCGAGGACUUCAUCACGUCGGCGGAGCGCAGCGCGGAGCUGCGAUUGGCCGAGAGUACCGUCGUGAAGAUCGACGAGCACCCGCAGCUCGGCAACUCCGUCAUCACCUUAUCCUACAACAAUAGAAGAGCGCAGGCGGAGGUGGAGUCCUCCUUGGAGCAUCCGUACUUCGUGGUGGGGCAAGGCUGGGCGUCCUGCAGCCCGGACCGGACGCAGCGGCUCUUCGGGCUGAAGGUGCACCGGCUGCAGGUCGGCGACGUGCUGGUGUCGCUGACGCCGCGCGAAUGGACGCCGCCCGCCGCCUCCAGGGCGAGCGCGACGAUCAUCACGACGGCCACCAGGACGUCGAUGACCGCCAGGCCGCAGCACACGACCAAAACACAACCGCCGGAGCCCAAGCCAUCGAUACAGACGCAGCCGAUGAACCUGCACCUCUCGUCGAAGUACCCGUCGAGGCCGGUAUCGCCGGAGAGCGCCGCCGCGAGGAAACGAAGAUGGUCGGCUCCGGAUCAAAUCUGCGACGAGGAGGACCAAGCGGAGGGCGGCAGGAGGCAGCGCUUGGAGUAGAAAAACCGGCUGCGCAGGACGAACGAAAUCGACGUUGCCUUUCUGCGACCCGGAGCAAUCCAGCGACGAUGAACCCUAUUGUUUUUAUACCGUACUACUUGAUAUGCCGGGUCUAAAGGGAUGCGUAGUGAAUGGAGGAUUUUGACUUUUGAUCACCCUGUAUCGGAUAAUUUUAGUAUAAAAAUAAAUAGUAAGUGUGACACCUCGUUGAAAUCGGCUUGUCGAGGAGACUCUAUGCUUACUAUACAGGUUUAUUUUUGACCACACUGUAUCAAGUAAUGUUAGUAUCUAGUACAAUUCAAAAUAAGUAGUAAGUGUGACCCCUCGUUGAAAUCAGCUCGUUGAGUAGGUUUCAAUAAAAGCAAAAUAUACAGGGUGUUUUAUAAAAAACAGGCAAGGUACGCUCCAUUUGCUAUACAUCCUAUGAACCAUGUAUGAAAAUUGUUUAAUUGAAAUUGUUGUUGGACUGUUCCGGUCCUUUGCGUAAAAUUGUAUUCCUGGAUAAAAUGGGUGCAUUUGAAAAUAGAUAGAUUGUAUUUUUCAUGACAAUAUGAACACGAAAGAGAGGAAUAUACGUAAACGUGCUUAUAUGAAAAAAAAAUUGUAGAAUACUGGAGUAUUAUAAAGAGUGAUAUAGUUUUUUAUAUAAAAAAAAGAUUGAAUAACAAUAAGAACAAUUGAGUGAUUUCGAUUCAGAUUCUAUUGAUGGUUUUUUUUUGAUGUUAUUGUAUGUGUUAUAUCUAUUGUCUGUUUUCAGAAUGGCGAUUUUUAAAAUAGAGUUAUAGAGAUCUCAAAGUGAAUCGUGUGAUAUGUAGAACUGCUUUU